CAACCUACCCGGAUCGGGGCUCGUUCUUUUCACCAACGCUCGCCAACCAACCAACCAACAUCCGUCACGCCUGCCCGCCGCCAACAUGGCAACUGACCUGCCCUGGGCCUGGGUCUUUGCCGUCGUCGUUCUGUCAAUAAGCUCCAUCCCGACAGUCGCAUACUUGAUCUACUACUGCGUCAAGAAACUUCGACAUAUCCAUGGCCGCUCUACCCAAGCGGAUCGUCAAGGAGACGGAGCGGCUCAGCAAGGAGCCCGUUCCGGGAAUCUCAGCCGUUCCGCACGACGACAACCUGAGGUACUUCGACGUCACCAUCGAUGGACCCUCGCAGAGUCCCUACGAAGGUGGUUUGUUCAAGCUGGAGCUUUUCUUGCCGGACGACUACCCAAUGACCCCGCCCAAGGUCCGCUUCCUCACCAAGAUCUACCACCCCAACAUCGAUCGUCUGGGGAGGAUUUGCCUGGACGUGCUGAAGAGCAACUGGAGUCCGGCCCUGCAAAUCAGGACGAUACUUCUCAGCAUUCAGGCUUUGCUUGGAGCUCCGAAUCCGGACGAUCCGCUGGCCAACGACGUAGCUCAGGCUUGGAAGGAGAACCAGGCCCAAGCCAUCAGUACCGCCAAGGAGUGGACCGCGCAGUAUGCUGCCCGGGACACCAGUUAGGCUACUUGAUAUCACGCGCGCCUUGCGUCCAUGCCCCGAUCCACGACUUGGGACCGGAUUUCUCGGAAACAUCUCGCGACUCCAAUAACGAAACGGACGAUAGCGACGUUACGGCCGUGAGCCCUGAUAGUCUGAUAUUCCAAAUGGAGGACGUC